ACGAGAGGAAACCUAAACAAUCUAUAUUGAAAGUAGCCGCCGCUUGUUUCCGUCGAUCAAAGUUAAAAAAAAAUAAUGGGAGAUUCCUCGGUUAAAAUGCGUGAGGGAUUCAGGAGGGAGCGUGAGGGAUUCAGGAGGGAGCGUGAGUUUAUGGGGAAAGUGAGACAAUGUGGUGGGUUCGAUAUCGAGCAUUUGAUGAAAGCAAAACCAGGCCUUUGUAAUUUCGUGGCUUCGGAGACCACAAAGGAUAAACCCGCCCCCAGGUACAUCGUCCUAUAUGCUAGGUUGGGGAUCCACAAGUACAAUAUGAUCCAGGGGACUAACUUGGAGCUGCAUGGCAUAGAGAAGUACAAUGUGUUGCGUAAAAUACCUUAUUUUAUUCACUUUGUAACCGCAGUUGCAAAGGAUCCUGCUGCCGGCGGUUCUCUUGUAACUUUCCAGACCAGUUUUUAUGAAGAAGUCUAUGGCAAGAGCUUGUCUUGUUUUAUUGCUAGGCCCAAGCCCGGACCUCAUGAGGAGGAUAAUGCUUAUAAUUUAUGGGUUCAAUCUGAUAAUGAAUCUGAUGAUGAAACUGAAGACAAAAGUGAAUUGCCUGAGUGGCCGGGAGAGAAUGCUUUCGAUGAUAAAAAGCAUUAUUACGUGGUGGAGAAAUCAGAGCUUGGAAAAAAUGACUGGAUUCGUGUAUAUCUUGAGCUUGCAUUCCUCGUUCCAAAUUUGAGCAUUCGAAGUCUUGAUCUGUCGAAGGUGGUCAUUACUAAAGUAGCGGUGUAUACUAGCGACGAGGACAUGGCUUUGCCAAACGAGAAACUCAAUGCCAGAAAUGCAAUUUUCUACAUCAAGUACAAGUACUGCCCAAAUGAAAAUGAGGAUCAUGGUUGCAAGCCAACACGUGAUGGCGUAGCUAUAGUAAGAAGAAAGAUGGACAAGAUCUCUGGAUAUACCACUCUCUCGUUCCAGGGCGAUUGCAAUUGGAGAGAUACUUUUCUGUAGAGCAGAGAAUUGGCCAAUCCUAUGGCUCGUAUUCGUUGGUCUUUCUGUUAAGCGUCUAAUUAAGUAAUUAUAAGACCAGCUCCAUUUUAAAAUGUGGAUCACGUUAUAAAUUAUUAACUAUUGUCAAAU